AUGGCCGUUACAGAAUUCCAAGAGCGCGUCUACGCUCUCUUAAACCAGAUUCCCAAGGGCCGUGUAACGACUUACGGCUCCCUUGCACGCGCCCUGAACACCUCACCACGCGCCAUCGGCAACGCGCUACGGAACAACCCCUUCGCUCCUGAAGUCCCUUGCCACCGCUGUGUGAAUACGAGUGGCUAUGUGAACGGGUACCACGGAGAGGUGAUCAAGAAAACGACCCCUAAAAGGUCCCAAGACGGCGCCCCCCAACGGAAGUCAAGGCAGUCAACUACUCGGGGGAAGAAAAGGCAGAUUGAGGAGCGAGUUAAGACUAGUCCGCCGUCUGGAAUCAAUGUGACGAUGAAGUUGCAGAUGCUAAAGGAAGAAGGUGUUGAGUUCGAUGAGCGGGGAAUGCUAAUUGACAACUCGGGGAAGAUACUAUGGGAUGGGCCGUGGAAGAUGUAG